GGACAGCUCAGUGGGAAUCUCCCUCAUUUCACAGUCAGUACACGAAGACACCAUCAACUUAGGUGACAUCGGUGUUGACGACAUAUUGUCUCUCCACACAGGAAAGAUACAGUAUGGCAGCACCCACGCCUGGUGGUCCUCUUACUACCCAUGUACUAAAUACUGCAGAUGGGGUUCCUGGAGCCCACAUAGACCUCAGUGUGCAUCGCUUGGACCCUAAGCUGGUCCUCUGGAACCUGAUAACUCUAGGAAGCACAGAUGAGCACGGCCGUUGUUCAGGGCUAAUCACCAAAGAGGCUUUCACUGCAGGGAUGUAUAAGAUACGCUUUGAGACUGGGCAGUACUGGGAAAAUUUGGGUCAAACAAGCUUUUACCCUUAUGUUGAGAUUGUUUUCACCAUAACGGACCUUGACCAGACAUUUCAUCUGCCUCUGCUUCUCAGCAGAUACGCAUAUACCACCUAUAGGGGGAGGUAGUGAAGUACAAAUGUCUGAAUACAGACCUUCAGCAAUAAACUGAAUCACUUGUAGUUCA